AUGCGGGCGUGCUAGCUCCCUAGGCUAACCAGGAAGUGAAAAGUGACAGCGGCGGUUCAUUGACGUCUCGCCCCCGUCUCCCCUCCUCCUCCGCCCUCACUCCACUACGGACUUCUCUGACACUUUGGAGCACUUCCACCGUCCCCCAGGCGUCACUUUCCACAGCCGUGUUGCGUGUGCUCGCAUGGGCAGCGGAGGAGUAAAGCUUAUCCGCCGAAAAGCACACACGGUCCCCGACGUCAGUCGUGUCUCGUCUCUCCGCUCGCGCGUGAAGUUUGUAAAUUAGCGAAUUGAAGAUGGCGACCAGCUCGGAGCGCAGUCCUCCUCCGUUCCCCGACGCCGGAGACCCCGCGGGCCGAGGCAGCGAUGAAGACGACGGAGACGACCUCUUCAUGAGUGUGAGCAACUCCUCCCUGAGUGAGACGGCGACGGUCAGUGACGAUUUGGUGACUCCGCCCAGUGACGCCACGGCAGACCUAACGAGUGAGCCCAUCAGCAGCGGCUUGGGAUCCAAAACGCCCAGCGACAAUUUGAUGUCGCCUCCCAGCGACGCCAUGAGCGACCCCAUCAGCAGCGGGUCCGAGUCCAAAACGCCCAGCGAGCCCUCCGACGACUUUGACGAUCUGGCGGGCAACUGGAUGACUCCUACCGCCUCCGUCGAGUCCGGAGGUGGAAAGGCAGCAAGUGAAAACCAGCAGCUCAACGACGAGUUUGUUGACAUACUGGGAAACGAAACUGAAGCGCAGACCCAGGACGUGGCGGUUGAGAGCGCGGGAGAAAGUGGGCUCGAUGAGGUCGGUGACGCAAAAGAGGAAGUAAAAGAAACCGCUCUGCUUUUAGAUAUCAGUUCGUCAGCAGAUCUCGCACCACGCCCGCCGAGCAAAAUAGUUGACCCACUGGCGGACCUCUUUGACGAUCCUCCGCCAGCUGCGGCCCAGAAGCAAAGCGCCGCCGCGGACCUGUUUGAAGACGAAGGUGGCGACUUGUUCGCCGACCCGCGACUGAUCAAAACCGCCAAGCCGCCUCAGAAGAGCCUCUUCGGCGAGCCCGACGAGGAUCUGUUCGGCGAGCCGCUGGGCGCCAAGAAGAAGCCCGCUGGGGGCGAGAUACAGGACGAGACCCUGGCAGACAAAUCGGCGAGCCGUCACGGCGGCAAAGUGGGCGAAGCGCCCCCGCCGCAGCCGAACCGCGCCGAAGAAGCCCUCGCCCCCGGCCACUCUGCUCAAAGGACAAACGGAGUCCACGGAGAAGUCGGCACUGAUAUCUUUGCAGAAGCCACAGUGGAGCUCUCCCUAGACAGUCCGCAAAGCGAAAGGAAGAAGGAGGCGGCCGCUCCCGCCACCGGCGCCGCAGCUGGCGGCAAACCUUCCACGUCGGCUCCGGCCGCGUCGAGCACUGCCAAGCAACCGACGGCUGCGCUGGAGGAACUGGAAGAAGAGGACGAGUCCGAGGUGGAAGACAAAUUUGACAUCACCGUCUCCAUUACCGACCCAGAAAAAAUAGGGGACGGCAUGACCGCCUACAUGGCCUACAAAGUGUCCACUCAGACCACACUCGGCAUGUUCCGCAACAAGACGUUCACGGUGCGCCGACGCUUCAGCGACUUCCUGGGCCUGUACGAGAAGCUCUCGGAGAAGCACGGCCCCAACGGCUUCAUCGUGCCCCCACCGCCGGAGAAGAGCAUCCUCGGUAUGACCAAGGUGAAGGUGGGGAAAGAGGACUCGUCGUCGGCGGACUUUGUCGAGAGGAGGAGAGGCGCCCUGGAGAGGUACCUUCAGAGGGUGGUCACUCACCCCUCGCUUCUCCAAGACCCCGACGUGCGAGAGUUCCUGGAGAGAGACGAGUUGCCCCGCGCGGUGAGCACGCAGGCCCUGAGCGGCGCCGGCUUCCUGAAAAUGAUCAACAAGGCGACCGACGCCGUCAGCAAAAUGACCAUCAAGAUGAACGAGUCGGACGUGUGGUUUGAGGAAAAGCUGCAGGAGGUGGAGUCUGCAGACCAACAGUUCAGGAAGCUCCACGCGCUGGUGGAGUCGCUGGUCCUUCACAGGAAAGAGCUUUCCACGAACACGGCGAGCUUCGCCAAGAGCGCCGCCAUGCUCGGCAGCGCCGAGGACAACACGGCGCUGUCCCGGGCCCUCUCGCAGUUGGCCGAGGUCGAGGACAAGAUGGAGCAGCUGCACCAGCAGCAGGCGGCCAACGACACUUUCGGCUUCGCCGAGCUCAUCGCCGAUUUCAUCCGACUGCUCGGUGCCGUCAGGGGCUCGUUCGACCAUCGCAUGAAGGCGUGGCAGCGCUGGCAGGACGCGCAGAGCACGCUGCAGAAGAAGCGCGAGGCCGAGGCCAAACUCCAGUGGGCCAACAAGCCCGACAAGCUGCAGCUGGCCAAAGAGGAGAUCGCCGAGUGGGAGGCCAAAGUGACGCAGUUCGAGCGAGACUUUGACCGAGUGUCGGCCACCGUGCGCAGGGAAGUGCUGCGAUUCGAGAAAGAAAAAGCCAGGAACUUCAAACGGCAGAUCAUCAAAUAUCUGGAGAAUCUGCUCAAGUCUCAGCAGCAGCUGAUCAAGUACUGGGAGGCCUUCUUACCCGAGGCCAAAGCCAUCGCCUGAGUUGGGGGGCACCGCUCGCCUUCUGCCUUUUUCUUCUCUUUUUUACUUUCUUUUUCUUUUGGCUCAAACUCGACCGCCCGCCUUUCAAACCAACGAAGGGCGCGUGGCGUCGUCAAAGAGAGUUUACAAUCAACUCGCUUCUCGCUUUCUGAUCGACCCUCUUUCGAACAGUCUCGUCCGCCGUUACGUAACCCUCCCAGCGCACGUGUUUUUUUUUAGAGAGCGGCGCUUUUCUCCACCUUUUGUUGUUUACGGUGCGUCGGGGUGAAAGUGGCUCAAAAGGGAUUCAAGACAACAUGUCGUCUGGAUUAAAAAUCCAGAUCUGUUUUGCUUCAGUGAGUGAUGCUGCGAUGGGGGAAGGGCGGCAUUAGAACGCGCCGAAUGCAUCUUGCGUCAUGUACAAAAAAAAAAAAAAUAAUCAAUCAAUCCAAAUGACUUGACAUUUCUGUGCCUUCUGCCGAGGAGCGACGGGCGAGAUACCGGCGUCCAUCAAUGACGAAACUUGUUUAGUUUAGUGCAUGUCUAUUCUUCUCAUCGACUGUACGAAAGAGUAUUUGGAGUACGCGACAAAUCGGAUGGUGCAAAAUUGACGAUCGUUCCCGGUUAAUAAUCACAUCACCCUACCGGCAAACAAAUUGAAAUGACAAUCGAUCGUAACGUUUACGUUGAUUCAUUAUUUUUAUUUGCUUUGCUUUGCUAGCAGCUAAAUUUCCAAAAUUUAAAAAAAAAAACACACACACUUUCUCUGCAUUUGUUUGAUUAUUCAGAUGGCACUAAAAAGUCAAAAAAUUUCACCACUAAUAUCAGACCGGUUUAUGAUGAAACAAGCCCCCCCAAAAGGAACAGUUUUACUUGUUUGAAAAAAGAAAAAGUAAUUUACAAUUUGUUUUGAAUUAAAAAAAAAAAAGUCCGGUAAAUUUCAUCUUCUCUACUAGCAGCAAACCUUCCGAACAAAAAAAUGUGUACAAUAUGUUUUGUUCUAUUAUUCUUAUGACACACACACAAAAAAAAAAAAACAAUCAAACAAAAAAAGGAUAACUUGUCAGACUCACAAAGGGUUGACCCAACAAAAGUCCUUGCUAUUCAUUUGUUCUCUUAAUGAGGUUGCACUAACGCAGAAAAGUUGAUGAGUCGUUAGUUGCCCCCCCCCCCAUAAAAAUGCACAUUCCUGGUUGACGAUGACAAAAACCCGUCAGAAGUAACAAUUUCACUCGCAAGUAUUUGACUCAUUGAUCGUAAAGUUUGUGUGUGUGUGUGUGUGUGUGUGUGUGUGUGUGUGUGCGCGAAUUUCACCUGCUUUCUUAACAAGCAAAAACGGUGUGAGGAAAAAGUUCUGUUUUUCUGCGCUUUUUCUGUUGACACGAAAAGCCAAGCUUUGCAACGAAUUGUUCCGAACAAUGUUGGAUGAUGACAGAAUGAAUGCAACAAAAGUCACAAGAUAACGUGCAAGAAAAUAGAAAUGGCACAAUUAAAAAUAAAAUGUUCAUAAUCUUUACUUGCGGAAUUACCAGAAUGUCCUGUCAGCAAACGUUACAAAAAAGUUUUUCAGAUUCAAAGUUACUGAUUGGACAACACGACAGAGCAACACAAUUUCACUGAGUCAAAUGUCCGUCUUUUUUUGUUGUUGUUUUCUUGCUGCAAUUAUUACAAAGAACAAACUUUUUUUUUUUUGGUUUGUUUUUGCGGUAUUUCCUUUGUCGACUGUAUUUGGAUUGUACACAAAAAAAAUCUGAUAGAAGUCAUACCAAAAUUUACAAUGUAAUUGUUGCAAAUGUUCUAUAUAUCACGCCCCGCUCAUCAAUAGCAAUUACAAAUUAACCCAUUUAGCAUAAAUGUAAAAAAAAAAUACUUGUAAAGUACAUUAUUUUGUAUGAUUUUUCUUGUCAGAUGCAGUCUUUAUUUUACUGUAUUUUAUAUACUUUGUCUUAUUGCGUUUUUCUUUUUCUCCUCUUGUAAAAUGAGAAUAUGACUGUUGUUUAUCACUUGUCUUUUUUUUUUUUUCCAUAUAGCGCAUUACUGCCCAAUAAUUUUGAUAAGGCUCAUCGUGGCCCAAAUAUUCCUUGGUACUUUUUACUGUUGGACAAUAGAACAAGCAUGACCCCCCCUUUUAAAAGCAAGAUAAGUGACGUGACAAAAUAUUGUAGGAAUCCUGCUGCACAAUGAAGUGUGUGUCCUGGCUAAUUUCUACAAACAGCCUGACACUAAAAAUAUCUCAAGAAAUGCGUGCGUGUGUCGAAAUGCAUCUCUCAAAUGUUCUUUGACAAGUCUCACGAAUGGUAAAUUGAGUCGCGCGCCAGGUCGAGAAGUCGAGCGAAGAAAGUGUUUUCGUAGCUUUGAUUUUUUUCACAUGCGAUGAGGAAAACGAUGCUGCGCACUUCCUUUAUGAGAACAUUUCACGUUGGAUUAAAUGGCGGUCAUUUUUCGCAGAGGCCCUCGCUGAAUGCAAUGUGAGAUUGGAUCAAUGUGUUGAGGAAAAAAAACAAAGUCACCAGUGUGCACCCGUGUCACGGAAAUUUUCUUGGAGAAGAAAUCAAAUAAACGUUGCACUGUUUACACUUG